GAGCUUGCGCAGCCGCCGGACUCCUGCGCGCACCGCCCUCCGCCCCUGGCCACCGCGCGCCUCGGCGGACACGCACUUCCUGCGAGGCCUCCGUGCGCACCUUAGCCGAACCGAGCCGAGCCCGGCCCUGCGCUUCCAAAUCGUUCGCCAUGGUGGACGAGCUGGUGCUACUGCUGCACGCGCUCCUGAUGCGGCACCGCGCCCUGAGCAUCGAGAACAGCCAGCUCAUGGAGCAGCUGCGGCUGCUGGUGUGCGAGAGGGCCACCCUGCUGCGCCAGGUACGUCCGCCGAGCUGCCCGGUGCCCUUCCCCGAAACGUUUAGCGGCGAGAGCUCCCGGCUCCCCGAGUUUAUCGUGCAGACGGCGUCUUACAUGCUCGUCAACGAGAACCGAUUCUGCAACGACGCCAUGAAGGUGGCAUUCCUAAUCAGCCUGCUCACCGGGGAAGCCGAGGAGUGGGUGGUGCCCUACAUUGAGAUGGAUAGCCCCAUCCUAGGUGAUUACCGGGCCUUCCUCGAUGAGAUGAAACAGUGUUUUGGCUGGGAUGACGACGAAGAAGACGACGACGACGACGACGAAGAUGAUUACUAGGCCGGGAGACCCUCGGGCCCCGGGGGGAGGGCCCUGCACGCCGCCAUCCUCUCCCCCCCUCCCCCGCCCGGCCCGGAGCCGCCAAGCUCCGUUUCACCCUCAGCAACCCUUCCCUGCCCUUGCCCUCCGACUCCGACUCUCCUCCUGCCCCCCCCCCCCCCGUAGUGCUUGCCUUUGUUCUAGGAAUUGUACUCCAGGUACCUGCUGCUGGGGCCUCGCUCUGAAGCCUGCCGCCACCCACCCUGGCCCAGAGCCCCAGGACCCUGCCCUGUUACUUUGGACUGUGUCCUGAGCCCCGGCUAUAGGGCAGGCCCCUGUUACAAACUGGUGAGACUACACACAGCCCAGCCCUGCUGACUGCAAGGCCUCCUCCAUCUGCCCAGAGACCUACACCGCCACUUCCCCUCCAUCCACCACAUUCCAGCGACAGACCGCAGCCUUGAAAAUAAGGAUCAAUCUAGAAGAUGCCUCAGUUGGUCCUCGGACAUUGAUUUGGACAGCUCACCAACCCCGGAAGGGGCCAGUCUUUCAACCUGUUCUGCACAGCUGUCCUUUUUCCUUCAAAACUCCAGCCGUCCCACAGAUGUGUGCGUUUGGACAAAAAUACUGAAAACAAAACAAACCAACAAAAACAGGCACUCAGCCCAGCUUCUCAAUACCACCUGGAAAAAAAGCAUUUACGUUCUUUUCAAUAAACAUCAAGCACUACGAAAAAAAAGAAAGGAGUGUCUUUUAAUGGUUAAGUGCUAUGGUUGGCCUCUACCAGUCUCACCCUAACUCCCAUUAUUCCCACUGAGAUCAGGAGACCUCAUUGAAUCCCAGUGUUCACCCCUGUUGUCUUUAGGCUACAGAGGGCAGUGGCCCUGGCAAGGGGAGUGAGUGUCCUCUGGGGCCUCCAGGGUGGCGUGGGUAAAGGGUGGUUCGGCAGGUGUCACACUGUCCCAAAGUGGAACACUUAACGAGGGUGAAAGGGGGCACUAUUAAUAAUUAGAGUGGGGCAGCAGGCGUACAUCCGGACACCUAACGUGUUACUAUCUUCCAGAGCCUUUGGGUUCCUUCCUCAACACUGCCAGGGAAAUUCUGCCCCUUGGGCCUUAUUGGCUGUGGGGUGCUAUUGGGUUCAGACUAUAAUUAACAAGGUAGCACAUUGUUUUCAUGCCCCCUUUCAGGUGCUUGACCUAACAUUAAAUCCUAAAUCCUGGGUGAGUGUACACAUAGUAAAUGGAGCAUGAUCUUAGCAUUUCAUCACCCCGGGUGAACAGUUUUCGAAUCCCCACCCAUAUAUGUGUCCCACAUUGCCACCUAUAGAAAUUGGCAAGAUGCCUGGCUAUCUCCUGAACUAGACCUUGUACUGCUCCCUGGGGUAUGCUGGGAUCUCUUUGCGGACCUGGAGGGCUCAGAGGCAUUGAGGGAGCCGAGUGGGUGCUCAUUAAACUGAAAUGUUAAAUCAGAGGAGUUUGGUUGUGGGUUUUGGGGGGUUACCUUGGUCACCCAGGAACAUUUAAGAGAAUGUGACGGGUUCAGAGUUCUCAUUUACAUCUGCCCAAAUGUGCUCAUUGUACGGUGGCUGGAGGCAGCCGUACCUUAAGAUCUCCUAUUUAGGUAAUAAACUUCCCUAUGGCAUA